CUCCGGGAGGCGGCCUGAGGGGCGGCCCAGCAGCGCCCGCCCGGGGCCGCGGGAGGGGACGGGGCUCCCCGCGGCGCCGGGGCCGCGCUGCAGUUCCUCAUUCUCCUCCCGGGGCUGAGCGGCCCGCAGGGCUGAGAGCCGAGCGGCGAUGAUGGACCGCGACCGCAACAAGACGCUGCUGCUGGAGCUGCAGAGAGCCGCCGGCACCGGGAACGGCCGCUGCGCCGACUGCGGGGAGCCAGAUCCAGAGUGGGCUUCAUACAAACUUGGAAUAUUCAUUUGUUUGCAUUGCUCUGGAAUCCAUCGCAAUCUUCCUCACAUCAGCAGAGUUAAAUCCCUUCGGCUCGACUUCUGGGAGGAUGAUCUUGUAGAGUUUAUGAAGAAACAUGGGAAUCUCUGUGCCAAAGCUAAAUAUGAGGCAACAGUCCCUUCCUACUAUUACAUCCCUCAGUCCCGUGAUUGCUUGGUUUUAAGAGAGCAAUGGAUUAGAGCUAAAUAUGAGCGUGAGGAAUUUGUUGCCACUCGAGUCUGCCAAGAUCCUUGUUCUGCAGGUAAAGGGACCCGUGAAGGAUUCCUCUGGAAGCGGGGGCGGGAAAGCAGACAGUUCCAGAAGAGGCGAUUUCUCCUGUCAGCAGGGGAAGGGGUGAUGAAGUACUACACCAAAGAAUCCAGAGGUCCAAAAGCCAUUAUCAGCAUUAAGAACCUGAAUGCAAUGUUCCAGACAGCAAAAAUCCAACAUGCUCAUGGGCUGCAGAUCACAUACGACACAGAUGGUCAAACAAGGAACCUUUUUGUCUAUCAUGAAAGUGGAAAGGAGAUUGUUGACUGGUUCAAUGCCAUUCGGGCAGCACGUUACCACUAUCUCAGAACAACUUUCCCAACCGUCCCUGAGCCUGAGCUCAUACCCAGGAUCACAAGAAAUUACGUCAAAGAAGGAUAUAUGGAGAAAACAGGACCAAAACAGAAGGAGUCCUUUAAGGUGCGCUGGUUCUGCCUGGAUUCUCAAGAAAGGAACCUGAUGUACUUUAAAAAUCCACUGGAUGCCUUUGCACAGGGCCAGGUUUUUAUUGGAACAAUGGAUGAGGGAUAUGAGGUACGAGCUGGCUUGCCCCAGGGAGUCCAGGUGAAGAAGACGAAACCAGCGAUCACCGUGGUCACACCAGUGAGAGAGUUUGUGUUUAUAUGUGAGAACGACCGGGAGCAGAAGGAGUGGAUAGAUGCUUUAAAUGGAGUCAUUGCCCAGUCUUUGAGGGGUUAAGACUAGAACAGAGUUCAGCUGAACUGCUUGGGCUGUGUUCAGCCCUGCUCUGUGGCCCCUUUCUGCUGGCAAGGAUGGUGCUCAAGGCCCCGCUGUGACUCCAGUAUUAUACAAAGGACUUCUUCCUUAACAGCUACAGGCACAGGAAGGGUGGAACUGAGAAAUUAGUAAGAGGGAGAGCAGUUAAUCAGAAAAAAUCUGUGCCCCUGGAGAACCUUGUUUGAAGUGCCUUCUCUCUUCCUACCCUUCUCUGCUUCGAGCAGGGGAGGCCUUCCCAGCCUGACCUGGGGAUGCACUUCCAGUGUUGGCUUAUGGAGCAAAAAAACGAAGUCCAUGGAGAAAGUCUGACCCCAGAGGGCUGCCGUGCGUUUCCGUGAGGAUUCCUGCAGGUGCUGCUAUAUCAGAUCCUCCUUUUCUUGCCCUUCAUGUCGGAAGGACUCCUGUUGAUCCCAAAGGAUGCACUUGACACUCCAGCCAGUGCACAGAUCCUGCCAGUAAAUGGGGUCAUCGAUUGCAUGAGUACAUAGGAACAGUGACUGAGAGGCAAAGGAAUUGUCACCUAUCAGGAAGAUGCAGGGUAUCCUGUUGGAUAGACUUGAGAUAGCAGUUCAUGUUGGAGUCACUGGAUGUCCUCAGGGAGGAGCGGAGUCAGGCAGCUACACUCCACCUGGUUGCAGCUCCUGUCCAGGUAGGGACAGGGUUGUUUUCAGCAGAGUGGGUUUAAUGUCUUUAAUAGUGUUACAUUUCUGGCACAGUAAAAAAUAAAAGUCAAGUUUGAACUGUG